AAGCAGGAAUCAGCAGAACUGAUUUAAAAACAGUAAAUAAAGAAAUAAAAAGGCAUUAAAUCAAAAAUAAUGUUGCCAGAAUCUGAAAGUUACGCUGUUUUACAUCAUAAAUCAUAUAAAGUACACCCAGACAGCUUCAGAAAAAAAAAUGAAUGGAAAAAGGCCAAAAGGAAGACUUCGAGGAGCCGCUCCAAGCAAAAAAGAAUUGAAUUGCUCUACGAGAACGAUAUUCAGUCAGCUCCUGAGAUAGAGCUACCUUUAAAUGCUUCAGCUUUUGCAGUUUUUGCCUCAAUUCGACUUGCAGUACUAGACCGAUGGAUGAGAAAUGCUACUCAUGAGCACCUUCAAAGCAGCUGUAACGUCCAAAUAGCUGACCAGAGCGAAUAUGAAAGCGAUACAGAAGAUAAUACUCAGAGCAGUACCUAUGUCCCUGUCAAAGUCUCCAAAGUAGUGGGUCUAGGUUUAAGAUCCGUUUUUGAACUAAUCAAAGAAAGCAGAUCCUCGCAUCCAGUACUCUGUACCAAAGCUUUACUGGCUCUCCUGGACGUUCUACAAGGACAAACACCAGAAGGUUUAAAAUCCGAACCACCAGACAUAAUCGAUCCACUUUUCGAGCUUUUACUGGAUUUGGCAACGUUGCACGGGCCGGAAAGCGCAGUACCUAAUGACGGUACGCACCUGACUGCAGUGGCGUGCGCGUGCCUUUUGUCCUUGGUCGUUGUGAGGGGGGAUACGGGGAAGUACCUGAGCGCAGCGGCGGCGCUACUGAUGUGUCCUCGGGCAUUUUCCGUGCAAAAUAUUAAGAUGCCGGCAGUUUUAUCGUCUCUUCAACGAAGCAUUCAUGGCGUUUUACUAGGGAAAAUGGUACCAACAGAAAUACAAAACGUUCCUCUCGUUUUGAAGUCUUUGGCGUUCGAUGGACAGUACUUGUACCUUUUCACGUCAAAGGGUUUGUUUAAGAUUGGCAGUGGAUAUGGGGGUACCGUCAAGGGAUUCGUGGCCAUGUGGAAGCCAGAGUUCUAUCCAAACGAUAGUGGUACUUUGGUAUUCUGUUCCGGAAAAUUGUUUUUGAAACUAAAUGGAAGAAGAGGUGCCGAAUUUUUGAUUGUUGAACGCUCUAACUUGAUGAUAUCCGGUGCUGUAUCUUUGCAUUCCAGAGAUAUGCCAUCAUCAGUGAUAUUCUCUGAUGGGGAUUAUUUAGGAACAAUUUCUGCUGCCAAAGACGAUGGAUUCGUUGUGAGACUGUUGAAUCAAAACACAACACCAGCUUCCCUAGUGAGUGAACUGCCUCUAAAACUAGCCAGGAAGUAUGUGGACUCCUUGGGAUGCGCUUCCUUCGAAGAGGAGGCCAAUUCCUACACCAUCAACAUCAGUUCCGAGGAGGAAGUGUCCAUGGUGUGUGGAGGAAAGGAUUUUGGACUCUUGAGAACUGUCAUGGGAAAGGUUAUGUAUACGGGAAAAUCUUCGGCUAUAGGAAUUAAACAGGCGGGUGUACGUACCGGAAAAUGGUCAGAGCUGGUACUAACCAAAUCACCCAAAAUUUCCCAUAUUGCGAUGGGUCAUGAUGGUCUACAUGCAGUACUUAUUACCGAUGAUGGUGCAGUAUUCUUUGCCGGUACUGCGCGAAGGGGUGAAGAUGGUGACCAGAACAAACUGAGACGCCAGGCUAAGCCGGUAAAACCGAAAAAAAUGAUCAAAGUUGAUGGAAUCCAUAUAGUUACCGGUGCUUGCAACAAUGGUACUACUGCUUUGGUCACUAGAGAUGGAGAAUUGAUGAUGUUUGGCAAAGAUACCGCUCAUACUGACGUUUCUACAGGAGUUGUCCAAGGUUUAAAAGGGGAAUUCGUGACACAGGUUGCUCUAGGAAAGGCUCACGCCAUAGCCUUAACUUCCAAAGGCCAUGUCUAUACCUUUGGGAUAAACAACAAGUUCCAGUGUGGCAGAGAUUUUAUGAAACCUUCCAAUAAAGAAGGCAAUUCUUCACACAUAAUCGCUAUGGAUACAUGCUCGGCUCAAGAAGAACAAGAGUACUACGAAGAAAUUGAUACAAAUCCCAAAGAAUCAGAUAACAGAGCUAGUUUUUCCGAGGGUAACAUCGGCGAGGUACAACAAAACAUGUGCCCUCCCGGUACUCACGCCUGGCACGACGAUUUGUGCAUGGUGUGUACCGUUUGCAGGGAGUGUACAGGGUACUCCAUUAGCUGCCUGAGCUCGAUGAGUUCCGACAGGAACCCUGGACAGGAAUGUGGAUGUGGAGAAGGGGACAGUGGCUGUGCUAUUUGUGGAUGUUGCAGAAUAUGCGCUAGGGAAGUUGUUGAUAACUCAGAAUUGGCAGAUUUAGCAGGAAUGAUGAGGGAUAACAAAAUUGUGGUUCCUUCAAAACAGAGGUCCAAGCUUCAGGAACAAAUUCAGAUACGACUGGACGAUCGCAAGAAUAAAAGUAAAAAAUCUUUGGCAGGAUCGAGUAAGCCAUCAUCGAAAAUUAAAACUUCUAGGUCAUCGGUUCUCGCUACACCAACACACAAGGCUUCCAAUGCGGUACGACAAAACAACUUGCUAGGUACUGUCAAGGAACAAACGAGUUCCGAUAUGGAAAGAGAUACUGCAAGAGUAGCCUGCUUACCUCCAGCAAAACUGAGUUUAUCUUCAGAUAGUCCAGUAAUCCAGAUAGCUUGUGGUUUACAUCACAGCGUUUUGUUGCUACAGAACGGCCAAGUGCUGACUUUUGGUUCAAACAUUUGUGGCCAGCUGGGUUGCGGCGAUAUUCUCGCUAAAAACAGCAUUCAGUCAGUUAAACUGCCCACAGGAGCUAUCCAUAUUGCUGCUGGUAGCAACCAUUCAGUCGUUCUAACCAAUAAGGGUGAAGUUUACACUUUCGGAAACCCAGAGAAAGGCCAGUUAGGUAGAGUACCUAUCGAGGUGUCCCAAGAAAAUUCUUCACAAGCUGGACAAAGCUCUAGUAGUACUAGGUACAGCAAUCCAAGAACCCCAUGGUAUAGUAUUCCUGGGCCUAUAUCCAAUGUUGGACCACGAUGUGGUCGUAGAGCAACAUGGGUAGGAGCUUCAGGCGAUCAAACCUUCUUGAAGCUGGAUGAAAGCCUCAUCAAUUCAUUGAGCAUAGCUAAGUCAACUGUUACAGCGAACAAGCACUCAAUAGUGCUAUUCCCCAACCAGGAGAGCACAAGAAACUUCAGAUGCCUGGUCAUCAAUAAAAAAGAUGGCAACUGUAAUUCAUUCAAGGGUCAAGAUCAGGCAGAUUUUGCUCAUAAAAUGGUGUGCAUGGAUCCAAUCUACAACAUUUUAUGGUCGUACAACCCGGCUAACAACCAGAUUUCUUGCUACAACGUCAUAGCUUCAGAGCUGCAAGUCUCAGAAAGCUCUGGACAGAGUAAAACAUCAGCCAGUCAGAAACCUUGGACCGAGAUCAAAGUUACAGUGCCAGAAAAAAAUUCUUCGUCUGAUAGUUCCAGAAAUAUUAACAGUAUACUUUCAUCAGAGUUAGCGUUGCCUGUUUCAACCAACUGCCAUGUUACAAGGUUUCAAGCGGCUAUUAACUUGUUAUGUUGUCUGGAUACUUUGACAGCGGCUCACGAUCUUCAACUCACAGCUGUCAAAGAGGAGAUCGAUGAGAGACAGGUUGUUUCGGGAAAACAAUACUCCAAAGAAGAUUACCAAGCUGUGAAUAGAUUUGAGAGUCACGGAGGUGGGUGGGGAUAUUCUGGACACAGUAUUGAAGCAAUCCGCUUCAUGGCAGACACUGACAUUCUUCUGGGAGGUUUUGGAUUGUUCGGAGGCCGUGGAGAGUACACUGCCAAACUUAAACUCCUGGAUAUCGGUCCAAAUGGUGGAGAACAGGAAGUAGACGGUGAAUUACUGGCUGAAACUGAAGAAGUACCGUACGAAUGUGGACCUAGACAAAAAUUUGCAAUGCUAUUUGAUGAGCCAGUGCAGUUACAGGCACAUCGUUGGUACGUGGCUUGGUGCAGAAUCAGCGGCCCAAGCAGCGAUUGUGGUUCUUCAGGACAAACAAUGGUCACGACCGAAGACCAAGUACUCUUCUACUUCAAAUCUUCCAAAAAAUCAAACAAUGGUACUGACGUGAAUGCCGGUCAAAUUCCACAAUUACUUUACAAAAUAGUUUCACCAGAAAACCAGGCACCCACCAGACAGGUGGAUAUAGUGGAGCCAAUCCAUAUUUUAUCUAAGGAGUUUUCCAGAACUGUCACUAAAGAAUGUUUCCAGAGCCUUCUCUCAUUGUUACAAUGGUCCUGGAACACUUUUAAAUGGGGUAUCAUGGAGGGACAGUCUAUAAAAAACUUGUACACUAACUUGGAGCUGGAAAGAUUGGUUUAUAUUAGCACAGCAAGUCUGAGACUGAUCUGUACCUAUACCAACGAAAUUUAUCCAAGACAAGUUAACAGAAAAGCACCCCUUGAGAGUGUCCAUCUUGCUGAAUGCGUUGGAGACGUCAGAUCAUUACUGAAGCAGAUUUUGUCUGAUAAUAUCCCACUUCUGAUGCAAAAUAAGAAAUCAAGCAAGUCCAAGGUGUACACAGUGGUGUUGAUGAAUAACAUACUUCAAGAAUGUCACAAUACCUUCGUUAGUUGUUUCCAUGCCUUCUAUCCUACUGCAUAUUUGAAAUGGGUUUGUCUUUGUGAACUACUGGCAGAAACGUGCGAGGAUUAUAACCCUCACAGUCAGUCUAAUACUCACAUGCUUCUGAGUGCGGUACUCUGCGCACUGUGUGCUCCUUCAGUGAGGCUUAGAAGCACUUUCCCAUUGUUGAACACUAACCAGAGUGCAGAAAAUUCAUUACACAGGGUAUUGAGUCCUUCGGAUAACACAGGCUACCCCAUGAUGAACGUAUCUGAUAGUCACAGUUAUCCUAUUUUGGUUGAACAUAUGAGUUACAAAAGUCAGAUGGAAUCUAUUUAUCAUGGCUUAUCAUGGACAUGGUGCGAUGUAUUGGAACGCCUGAUCAAUUUGAUUUCUGAUCCAAUCCUGCGUAUUUUACAAAAACACUCUAUGGUAUCGUUACCUGAGUUAUCCAAGUACUGUUGUCAUCUAUUAGCAAGAGUACUGGCCGAAUUAGUACACCAAUGCAGUUCUUCAGAUGAGGAUAUUCAGAGUGUGUGCGGUAGGAUAUUGCACAUGACGCCAUCUAGGUUCACCAGAACGAACCAAUCCAGAACUUGGAAUACUGGGAAUGGAUCUCCUGAUGCUAUAUGCUUUCAGGUGGAUAGAAUUGGUGUUUCUAUUGUUGGUGUUGGGAUAUAUGGUGGUAUAGGUCAUUAUGAGUACGAGUUAGAGUUAUUAGAAGAUACUAGUCUCUGUAAUGGUUUGGAGAACCACGCUGCACACAGAUGGAACAGCCUCGAAAUCACCAGAGGUUCUUUUGGUCCAGAAGAUUUUGCUCCAGAUAUUAUUGAAGUCAAGUUUGAUAGACCUGUACCUGUCAAGGAAAAUGUCAAGUACGCAGUGCGACUCAGAAAUCACGGAGGUCGUACCAACAACGGAGACGGAGGUUUAAAUUCGGUAAAAGGCUCUGAUAACACUACCUUUACUUUUUCAACUUGCUCGUUAAGCUUUAACGGUACUACUUUGACAAGAGGACAGAUUCCAGUUAUUCUGUAUUACAGCAAUCCAGUGGAAUGUGGCAAAACAUCGACUUCAAAACUGGAACAUCAAGCUAGAAAAACAGCUCUAACAAUGACAAGCGCUAUAGUUCAAAACGCAGCAAAACUUAUGAUGUUAGCUAGGGAAAAAGUUGAUGAGCUACCCUCUUCUAGCAUCCUCAGCGAUUCUUGCAUUGUCAAAACAUUACUGCCUUUGGUGUUAGCUCAUAUAAGCCCUCUGGCGUCCAGUGAUCCCAAGAGUGCUGUACAAGUAUUGGGUUUGAUACAAGAACUACUUCCCCAUGUGGCUGCUUUGAACCUGUUGGGUUCUUCCAGUCCUGCUGUCAGCAGUACUAGCAAGAGUCUGGUUGGUUCAAAUGCUUCAAAUCAGGAGGGUGGCGAUAAUAAGAUCACUACCACUAGUAAUCACUGUACGUGGGUUGAAAGUGAUCACCCUUACAAGCCUGCCACUGUAUCGAACUAUAGAGUGGUAUUUCCUGAUUGCGUUAAAUGGAUGUCAUUGGAGUUUGAUCCAAUCUGUGCCACGGCACAGCCAGAAGACUCCCUCCAGCUAUACAUACCAGCAACUGAUUACAUUCCUAGUACUAAAACAACCAGCGUUAACCUCAAUUUGAUGGAGGACAUUGACGCACCUCCAUUACCCUACUGGCCAGUCCUCCACAAAUUCAGCGGAAGUUUGCAGUGGCCGUCAAACGCGGUCAUUCUUCCAGGCAAUGAGGUGGUGUUCUCGUUAGAAACGGCCUCAGAUUAUCUGAAAGACGAUAGAGCUAGUUCAUACGGCUUCAAAUGUUUGGUGGUUGGGUACGAAUGGCCUCCAGACUCUGCCUGCUAUACUGGAUUGAAGCAUCUUGAAGCAGAACUGGCAUUUUUGGGCGGCAUGUGUUCAGCGAGCUUGAUGAAAAAGGAUCUGAUGCUACCUGUAGUGGGAGAUGAAGCAGACGUUGAUAUGGAGAUGGCUGAAAACGUAGCCACACAAAUAUUUGGAGAACACAGCUCGCUGCUGUCCAAAGGAUUAGCUCUAACGUCACCUCCUAGUGUGACACAGGCUUUAGAUGGCAUGCUCCCAUACAGUACCCACUCCAAUGAGAGGCUGUUCCUCAGCGAUUUCGUGGGAUGUGUAGCUGGAUCGAGCGGCGGUCGUCUAGCUCAAUGGCUACAGCCUGGGAGCAGAGCUGAGCCAUCCCAGUGCAAGGUACUAUGCGCUAGAGACGACCUGAGACAAGGAUGGCCAGCUAUCGUCACGGUACUGACCAGGGAUCAGUACGGAGAGGCUGUAUACGUACCCAACAUGAAGGUUGAAGUCAAAGCUAUCCCAAUUGACAAAAAGGAACUAGGUGAUUGCGAUGCAGGAAGGAAAAUGAGAAGAGUUAGUCAGCCUGAUCCUCUAACCUUCGGAGGUUUACCUCCUCCUCCAUUACAGCACGUGUACGAACCUACCAUCAGAGAUAAAAUGAAGUUUCAUUCAAUCACGGUCAUGAAACCUUUCCAAAACUAUUCUUUUGAGGAACUCAGAUAUACAUCACCUCCUGUGAAGAGAUCAAGCGAAAACAUGCUGGUCAGACCAAAUCCUGACGGUACCUACAGUGCCACCUGGACACCUGCUUCAGUAGGAUGUUAUUCUAUCGUAGUCAACAUCGAUGGAUACGAAAUGGAAGAAACCUUCAAAGUUGAGGUGAAGGAACCACCUCAAGGUAUGCUACCGCCAAAUCAAUCCACGAGUAAAAAAUCAAGCAAUCAACCAAGUAAAGUUAGGAAGUUUGUAGCCAAAAAUUCAGCUGGUUUGAGAAUACGAGCUCAUCCGUCAUUGCAGAGCGAACAAAUUGGUAUAGUUCACGUGAAUGGUACUAUUGUUUUUAUAGACGAGAUUCAUAAUGAUGAUGGAGUAUGGUUAAGGCUUUCAGCCGAUACUAUCCGGCAGUACUGUAAUCCUCAUAUAGUCGAAGCUUGGUGUCUUCAGUAUAAUCAACAUUUGGGGAAGACUUUGCUUUUGCCUGUCGAAGAACCAAAAACUAUUUUGGAACAAGUGAUUAUAGAUACGAUCAUGAGGAAAUUACCAGAAAUUCAAGAUAAAUCUAAACAAUCCCAAAUUAGUUAUAAAGUUGUAAAAUGUGGAGCUUCUGGUCACAAUGUCAGAAACAGACCCAGUUUGAAGGCUUCUCCGGUAGGGAUGCUGGUUUUGGGUAACAGAGUUGGAGUUAGCGAGUAUGUAGUUAAUUCAGAAGGAUGUUGGGUACUAUUGGAUAAAGCUACAAGAGAUAAAUAUUGCUUUAACACUGAUGGUGAAGCGUGGUCUCUGGCUAUUGGUACGAAUAACACACUGUAUUUAGAUAGUGUCAGCGAAUCAGACAACCCCAAGUUGACGUCUGAGACACCAAAAAGAGGUUUUGCAUUCGCCUAUCCCAAGUCCGGAGGUGAUUUUACCUUCUCCGGAGGUCAAAGCAGUUCCUCCACUUUGAAGGGCAGAUCUGAAGACUUUGUAUCAUCUAACCCCUUCAUAUUUGGUGAAAAUUUGGAGAGUGAACCUCCUAAAGUACCCAAAAGGGAAAGGAGAGACAGCAGCAAGUCGAAAUUCAAACCAAAAUUGACUAGGAGCGAUGAAGGACAAACUAAUGAAGGUUUUUUUGACGCUUCCCCUAAACCCUUACCAGAAAUGGGUUCAAAUGGGAACGGUAUUACUCCUCCAGAUACUCCAAAGAGGUCUCAAAGUCCUAGACCAGGUGUGUUUAGUCCUAAACCCAUGAGUAGGAGUUCUAGUCCAAUUGCUUUGCCCAGUCGAGCAUUACACCAAGAUAGUGGUAGUAGUAGUCCACCUAUAUACGGUUCUUCAAGAAGUGUAGGAAUAUCACCAUUAGUAUCAGGUACCACAGGACAUGACGGUACUCGUCGUGGUUCAAACCAAUCAGACACAAGCGCUCUGGUCAGCAGUCUAACUAGAGAUUUGUCUCAAAGUCCCAGUCAGUCUACUCAACCCAAGGAAAUAUCCCCCAGUCCCAGUGGAAGUUCUUUGGUCAACAGUCCACCACAUACGCCAGGGUCAACCAAGAAAGAAAUUUCGGAAGGUGAACAUUCUUCAAAGAAGCUAACCCAAACUGGUACUCAGACAUCUCCAGAAAACGUCACCACCUCAGUGAAAGGACAUUUCUCUAUUGGAUCUGUGAACAAAGAAGAAAAAGUUUCUCCCAAACUGAUGAGGAAGGAGAGGAGUUCAACAAAGACCCGUCCAAAAAGAGCUAUAUCUCCUGCUAGCAUGCACCAGUUACCUGCCGGACCCAAGGCUAGCUAUCCAGCUACUGAGCCGGGAAAACAGGCAAUCAGUCCAUCGGUUGCUGAGUCUCUAAGAGCCGUUUUUGCUGCCUUUCUUUGGCAUGAGGGAAUUGUACAUGACGCAAUGGCUUGUGCUUCAUUUCUGAAAUUCCAUCCAACUCUGCCAAAACAAGGAGCGCAAGUCAUCACACGUCAUCACGAAAUUCCUCUGGAUAAAAGAAGAAAGGAGUUAACCAAGGAGGAAAGAGCUAGACAAAGACACUCGGUUGAGGUUAGCAAUGCUGGUAACUACCUCCAUAUUCAACCAGCCACUUUAGAAUCACUGACGCGAUCAGCAGCGAACGCCAGUGCCAACAGAAAUAGGUUCAGGAAAAUGCCAGACAGUGGUACCAUCAGGGAGGAAGCUGGAGGAGAUCAGAACUAUUCUUACCAAACUAUGUCAGUUCUUCCUCCGGCAUUGAAAAGUUUGGUUUAUUUAUGGGAGGAGCUGACUUCGAAUUGUUUACAAAACAUCAAUGAACAGGCCAGUCCUGGCAAAGAAAAAUCAAAGAAAAUGGACAAAUCAGACUCCAGAGAGAAGAAUAAUAUUGUCGACAAAGAUAACAAGAAAAGCAAAAAGAAAAAAAUGCCUCCCAGAAAUUAUUUAGAGGAUAUAGGUCUUUCAUCAUACUUGCACUCAUCAGGAGGUGACACUUUGUGUGAGCUGUGUGGUGAUAGCUACCCUCAUCCAGUGACGUACCACAUGCACCAGGAUCAUCCAGGAUGUGGCCAACAUGCUGGAGGAAAAGGAUACAAUUCUGGAGGAAAUUAUUGCCUUGGAUGGGCUGGAAAUUGUGGAGAUGGUGGUGUUCCUGGUAGUUCUUGGUAUUUGCUUUGCGAGCAAUGCAGAGAGAAGUACAUGAAAUCUGGAAAGUCCAGUAACAAGCAGUCCUCGCAAAAAUCAAAGACCAUGGUGUACAGGAAGUCUUUGAACUCGAGGUCGAUAAGCAGCGGUACUGAACAACAUAUAAUGAUGAAAAAUAACGCGAUGUUCCUUCUGGAUUUAGCUAGUUCUGCAGAUUGUGGCAUAGGCCAUCAAAGAAGGUCUUCAGCUAGUAUAAUGCCUUCAGUGUCCGAAAAUAUUACUCCACCUGACUGUUCUGGACCAUUUGGACCUCUACCUCCUUUCCAGUGUCUACAAACACUGGGAGGGUACAAUUUUUUUGAUGAAUCUCUGUUUUACAAUGAGAUGAUUCCAAGAUUAAACGUCCAGAAUGGUUUAAACAAUCAACCAAGUACCUCUAAACAACGACCACUAUCAGAAGUAUCUUUGUCUGAAAACGAAGGAGACGCCAUCAAGGGAAUGAGGUUCCACAGAUCUGUCUCCAUGGGCACCAACGGAAUUCCGUGGGCUAAGACUGGAUACGAUGGGAUCAUCAUGAUGCGAAGACGAAACAACAGCAGCUCGGAAAUUGCUGGCGAAGCUGGAUCUUCUUUACUGUGUAAUCCUUCACCGGCUCUUCAAAAAUUAAUACCCAAGGAGGAAUUGACUGCAAUAGUUAAAACUGACAUUUCCGAGUACAGGGAAUGUCUAAAUUUGCUCCAAAGGCCCGUUUUGCAGUUUGUAACUCAGCAGCACGAUCUGGAUUCUCUGAGACUAUCGAUGAAGCAAGCUUUAAGGAAAGCGAUGUGUAGGGUAUAUGCCAUGCAAGCUCUGAAUUGGCUUUUGAGGUCUGUCACACAACCAAUAUGCUUACAUGAUUUGUUAUGGUGGUUUGUCACUUCGCUCACACCAAUUGAAAUUGAGAUGGAGUCAGAGGAAGAUAACAGACCUCCAAAAAAAUCAGACGAAGAAUUAAACAUCUGUGAACAUCCAUUAUCCGACAUCACUAUAGCAGGAGAUGCCGUCCAUCCCUUGCCAGCAACCUUUCAUUCCCUUCUGCAAACCAUAGCUAACAUUAUGAUCUUACUACCAAUGGGCUCAGCACUUCAACAAAUAGCAGUUAGAUGCUGGGGACUGAAGUUCUCACCCUCUGAUCACAGUUUUCUGCACAGAUCUCAAGUGUUCAGCAAUAUCAGCAAGAUUCUGUCCAGAAGUGAAGAAAUAGAAGACUUUACAAUAUCAAUGCACGAAAGUGCAUUUAAUCAACCAACAGCUUCAGUUGAGUGCCUCAAAGACCUGACGCAAUCAGUUGAAAUCAAAGCCUCAAGCAGACAAGCUAUGGUAGGCAGUUUGACUGAUGGAUCUACUGAAACUUUUUGGGAAAGCGGAGACGAAGAUAGGAAUAAAACCAAGAGUAUAACUUUGAUUUGUGCCCAUGGACAUCAUCCAGUUUUAAUCUGUGUCCAUGUGGAUAACUGUAGAGACUUAGGGAACAAGAUAUCAACUAUAACAUUUUAUUCUGGACAAAACAGCGAUGAACUGACCAAACUCAGGACUGUCGAGGUCGAGACUAGGUUACUGGGUGGAUGGGUUAAAGGUUCCAUAAUGGAGAGUAAUGAUACAGUAGUCAAGUUGGAACUGAAAGGUCCAGAUAACUCAGUUCGUCUGAGACAGAUCAGGAUUUUAGGAAAAGUAGAUGGAGAAGUACUGAAAGUUGGUAAACUUUACAGUGCUUGUACUAUCCAACAGAGGAAUUGUGAAAGUGAGACUCUAAGGGUGUUCAGAUUAAUCACAGCUCAAGUAUUUGGAAAACUAAUACAGGGUGAGGAAAACCAGAACAAUGCUUUGAACGGCGACACUUUAUCAGUCAGUGACAGUAUAGAGCCUCUGGAAGAAAGCAACGACCUCAGAGAGCACAUGGUUGGAAUUCUCUUCAGCAGAAGUAAACUAACCCAUUUACAAAAACAGGUUAUAGUUCAUAUAGUCCAGGCAAUACGCAAGGAAACCGAAAGGGUUAGAGACGAAUGGGCUUCAAACUUAUUCACCACUUCAACCAUUUCAUCUCAAGGCAGUUCGGAUAUAGCAAAGAACUCAGACACUUACUGCUUCGAGAUGUUGUCAAUGGUACUAGCUCUUUCAGGCAGUUCAGUUGGUAGAGCCUAUCUGUCACAUCAAGGAGGUCUUUUGGGGGAUUUACUGGUUUUGCUGCACACAGGAAGUGCUAGAGUUCAAAGACAGGUUACGUCGUUAUUGAGGAGAAUGCUUCCUGAAAUCACCUUGGAAUUUUUUGCAAAAGUUGUGGGAGUGACUAAUUUACCUCCGAAGGAUUUUAACAUUGUUCCUGUGGCUAACAAAGAUUCUUCCUUGUCAAAGUUUGAUGUAAACAGAAUCGGUAUAUUAGACAUCUUUUUGAGCAUCAUUGCCAAGUCUCUAACGGUUCAGGUCAAGGUUAAGAGCAAAUCCGGAGGUGGCAGCACAGCCAAAGAAGUUAACACAGUCAGUCUGGCAACGUCGAUACAGUCUACGGAUGACGUAGGCUCAAGAUGGUGGCUCAGGGGAUCGCCUAACAGGAAACUAGCUGAAGUAAUCGUGCAGUUAAUCACAGAUAUGAGCGCGGGUAAAAUGUCUGAAUUAUGGGCGAAUAUAACUAAAAGCGCCAUAGCGGAAAACAUAUUAAAUCUAACAUGUUUGAGUGAAGAACAAAGAUUACCAAGUGCCUGCUUGAAAACACCAACACUCUGGCUAGCUCUAGCCUCACUGUGCGUUCUGGAUAAGGAACACGUCGAAAGAUUAUCUUCCGGACAGUGGAGCAAGACUGAAGGCCACACAAUACCACCUAGACCAAUGUGUAGCAACCAUGAUGAUGGUGAAACCACUGCUGUGGUCCAGUGCAACAUUUGUGGAAAUCUGUGUGCUGACUGUGACAGAUUUUUGCAUUUGCACAGAAAAACCAGAGGUCAUCUACGACAGGUAUGCAAAGAAGAAGAGGAAGCCAUCAAGGUCGAACUCCAUGAAGGCUGUGGAAGAACCAAAUUAUUCUGGGUACUAGCCUUGGCCGAUUCUCGCACCUUGAAAGCUCUGGUCGAGUUCAGAGAAGGCGGUACCCGUACUAGGACAGGAGGCAUCACGGGAAUAUGUAGAUUUUGCGGUACCACCGGAAAUUCCGGACUUUUAGCCAUCGGAAACGUUUGUGCAGAUUCAGAAUGCCAGGAUUAUGGUAAAACAGCUUGCCCGAAGCUUCAAAAUUGCGGUCAUAUGUGUGGGGGAGUUUUGGGGGAAACCCAAUGUCUCCCUUGCUUACACGGAUGCUCAAACGACGUCAGCUUACGUCAAGACGCGGACGACAUGUGCAUGAUUUGUUUCACUGAAGCCUUAUCCUGUGCUCCGGCCAUACAACUUCAGUGUGGUCACGUGUUUCACCUACACUGUUGCAAGGCUGUUCUGAUGAAACGAUGGGCUGGACCGAGGAUAACAUUUUCGUUUUCUUUGUGUCCAAUUUGUAAGACGGAGAUGAAGCAUUCCACUUUAGAAGAGCUACUCGAGCCAAUCCAGGAACUCUUCAAGGAUGUGAAAAGAAAAGCGUUGAUGCGUCUGGAAUAUGAGGGACUGCAUACUGUGGAAGCUGUUAUUACGCCAGGAGCACGGUUCUUCAAUGAUGCAGCUUCUUAUGCCAUGGACAGAUAUGCUUAUUACGUUUGUUACAAAUGCCAUAAGGCAUAUUAUGGUGGUGAAGCUAGAUGUGACGCUGAGGCAGACGACAGGUACGACCCUGCAGAGCUAGUUUGUGGUGCUUGCAGUGACGUGGCACGGGCUCAGAUGUGUCCGAAACACGGUGCUGACUUCCUGGAGUACAAAUGCAGGUACUGUUGCUCAGUAGCUGUGUUCUUCUGCUUUGGAACCACCCACUUUUGCAAUCCGUGUCACGACGAUUUCCAGAGAGUCACGAAUCUGUCAAAGAGCGAACUACCUUUUUGUCCAGCAGGACCCAGAUCAACUCAAUUGGAGGGUGAUGAAUGCCCGCUUCACGUGAAGCAUCCCCCAACAGGAGAAGAAUUUGCUCUAGGUUGUGGAGUAUGUAGAAAUGCUCACACUUUCUAAAGAGACCGCUAAAUAAAUAUAUUGGAAUUAUAAUAAAUAAAGAAACACAUAUUAUAGUAUACUAUUAUUUCUAUUUAUUUUCAAGUUUCACUGUCUAGUCAAUAUUAUAUUAAAUUUAUAGAGAAAAGUCAUGCAAAAAUGCUUGUUUCAUAUAAAUAAAAUUAAUAAGUACUUUUA